AUGGCAUGCGUGGAUCGAGUUCUUAGCUGUGGCAUAGGGGAGUUGAACGCUUUCGCCGUUGUUCGACCACCAGGUCAUCAUGCAGGUAUAUCCGAACCGAGUGGAUUUUGCAUUUUCAACAAUGUUGCCAUAGCAGCUCAG